CGUGCUCUCGGGAGUUCUAUGAGCUGCUGCUGCUGAGCCACGGUCUCGCCGCGCAGAAUGAGUGUGAUAGACCAUGUGCGGGACAUGGCGGCCGCGGGGCUGCACUCCAACGUGCGGCUCCUCAGCAGCUUGCUGCUGACCAUGAGUAAUAACAACCCUGAGCUGUUUUCCCCGUCUCAGAAGUACCAGCUGUUGGUGUAUCAUGCAGACUCUCUGUUUCACGAUAAGGAGUACCGCAACGCUGUGAGUAAGUACACCAUGGCUUUACAGCAGAAGAAAGCCUUAAGUAAAACUUCAAAAGUGCGACCUUCAACUGGAAACUCUGCAUCUACUCCACAGAGCCAGUGUCUUCCAUCUGAAAUUGAAGUGAAAUACAAAAUGGCUGAGUGUUACACAAUGCUGAAACUAGACAAAGAUGCCAUUGCUAUACUUGAUGGGAUCCCUUCAAGACAGAGAACUCCCAAAAUAAACAUGAUGUUGGCAAACCUGUACAGGAAGGCUGGUCAGGAACGCCCAUCCGUCACCAGUUACAAGGAGGUCCUGCGGCAGUGCCCUCUGGCCCUUGACGCCAUUCUAGGUCUGUUAUCCCUUUCUGUAAAAGGCGCAGAGGUAGCAUCAAUGACGAUGAAUGUGAUCCAGACUGUACCCAACCUGGACUGGCUGUCUGUGUGGAUUAAAGCAUACGCUUUUGUGCACACUGGUGACAACUCGAGAGCCAUCAACACCAUCUGUUCACUAGAGAAAAAAUCCUUACUGCGAGACAAUGUGGACCUGCUGGGGAGCCUGGCAGACCUGUACUUUAGAGCAGGGGACAGUAAGAACUCGGUCCUCAAGUUUGAGCAGGCGCAGAUGUUGGAUCCUUACUUGAUAAAAGGGAUGGAUGUCUAUGGCUACCUUCUGGCUCGAGAAGGGCGGCUGGAGGAUGUGGAGAACCUCGGCUGCCGCCUUUUCAACAUUUCUGAUCAGCAUGCAGAGCCCUGGGUAGUCUCUGGCUGCCAUAGCUUCUAUAGCAAGCGCUACUCUCGGGCCCUGUACUUGGGCGCCAAGGCCAUUCAGCUGAACAGCAACAGCGUCCAAGCUUUACUCCUCAAAGGAGCAGCUCUCAGGAACAUGGGCAGAGUCCAGGAAGCUAUAAUACAUUUUCGGGAGGCUAUAAGGCUCGCACCUUGUCGCUUAGACUGUUACGAAGGUCUCAUAGAGUGUUACUUAGCUUCUAACAGCAUCCGAGAAGCAAUGGUGAUGGCCAACAAUGUUUACAAAACUCUAGGUGCAAACGCGCAGACUCUUACCCUGUUAGCCACCGUAUGUCUGGAAGACCCAGUGACACAAGAGAAAGCCAAAACGUUGUUAGAUAAAGCCCUGGCCCAGAGGCCAGACUACGUCAAGGCUGUGGUGAAGAAAGCAGAGCUGCUCAGCAGGGAACAGAAAUAUGAAGAUGGAAUUGCUCUGCUGAGGAAUGCACUGGCCAACCAGAGUGACUGUGUCCUGCAUCGCAUCCUGGGAGACUUCCUAGUGGCUGUGAAUGAGUACCAGGAAGCAAUGGACCAGUACAGUAUAGCACUAAGUUUGGAUCCCAAUGACCAGAAGUCUCUAGAAGGAAUGCAGAAGAUGGAGAAGGAGGAGAGUCCCACAGAUGCCACUCAGGAGGAGGAUGUGGACGACAUGGAGGGGAGUGGGGAAGAAGGGGACCUGGAGGGCAGCGACAGUGAGGCAGCCCAGUGGGCUGACCAAGAGCAGUGGUUCGGCAUGCAGUGAAGGCACAGUGGCAGCCCCUUGGGAUUCCUAGACUGACAGGCGCUGUUGGAGGUGUGCUCACAGCAGGGCUCCCUGCCUGGUCGCUCAUGUAGACAGCACUUC